AUUCAUUGGGAAUGGUCCACUUGCGAGCACGGGGCAGGUUACUUAGAAAGCUGAUUUAUUGGAUAUAAUAACAGCCUGAACCGUACGGAAAAGGAUAUCUCGCUACAUAGGAGGACACCCUCUGUCUGUGUCUUGCCUCACAGGAUGUCCAGCAUAGUGUUACUGCAGUAGAGGGCCAUACCACAUAAGGAUCUGCAAACAGAGGGACUCUGCUAGUGGAUCAUCAUGCCUCGUCUAGGUGUCAGUCACAGCUUCAAGCUUAAAUCUAACCCUGUUCGGCUUCUCUGUGUUCUGCUCGGCCUCUUAGUUAUACACACUCAUGCAAAAGAUGCCCUUCCUGUACCGCAGCAGGUCAGCCUGUCACCAAACCUUUACAAACAGCAACUAUCCAUAUCCUGGCUCGGAGGAGCAGCCACAACGUUUGACCUCAUGAUUCUACGAACUGAACUCAAUGAAACUGCCUUCUAUGAGACUGUGUCUGCAACAAUAAAUCAGGAGAGCGGUCAUCACCAGUGGAACUGGACCUCAGUGGAACCUCUAGAGUGUACCUCCCUGUCUAUAAAGAUCCGCUCAAGAGAUGGACAGACAACAAGUGAAUGGAGCGACACUCAGAUACUUCAAGGAAACGAUAUCCCCAGCAAUGAGAAAUUCCAGAUGUACCCCCAGGACAGAAUUGUGCCUGUGGGGGCCAACACCACCUUCUGUUGUAUCGUGGAAGAGGGGAUGGUCUUUGGCAGCAUCCACUACAGCGUAAUGGUGAUGAACACGAUACGGCUGAGCAGGCGAACUUACGCCAUCACAGCGCUCAAUCAGGAACCGUCUGACAGAACUGGAACCAACGUCUUUUGUUCAGACAAUCUGAAGACAAAAUGUGGAGCGGUGGUGUUUGUUGGAGAAACGCCGCUGCCCACUGAUCUUGUGUGCGAGACUCGUGACUUAACCUCAGCCGUGUGCAGGUGGAACGAAGGUCGGGACACACGCUUGUACGGCAAACAAAGAAGAACACAGUACUCUCUGAACAUGAGGAGUUGCCCUGAAGACAAGCCGCAGCAGAAGCAGAAAGAGUGUAGCGUAGACAAGUGGGAGGAUAACUGGACUCUGGUAGCUGUUAACCCUCUGGGCCAGUACAGCCUCUCUGACUCUGCUGAACUCACACACAGAGUGCGUCCAGUAGCACCAGCUAACGUUACCACAGUCGUGAACGCCUGGAAUGCCACCGUGCUUUGGCAGUGGAAGUACGAGAGUUAUUCCUCCCUCGCUCUUGUCUGCCAGGUAGAGCUGACCUCUCAAGAGUCCAAAACAAAGCGUACCUCCUCUGGUGUGGGUCUGCGGUCAGUGGUUCUUUCAGACCUCUAUCCUGAUGAGGAUUACAGUAUCCAAGUCCGCUGUGGUGCUCAGAAAAAUUUCUGGAAGUGGGGAAACUGGAGCGAGCCAUUAGCCUUCAAAACUAACACUGAUGUUCCAGAUGUUCCUGAUGUGUGGUUCUGGAUUAACAAAGACAACACUGGGCAGGUCAUUUGGAAGCCUCUGACACGACGACAAAGCCACGGUCAGAUCACAGGUUAUGAAGUCACUCUCUGGACGUCUGAUGAAAACAUACAGCACACAGACAUCUUUCCAGCAGAGACGUCUGCUGCACCAAUAAAUCUCACACAGAUCGCUGCUUUCAGCGUUGACACCAAGGUCACAGCAACAGUCAUUGCAAAGAACAACAAAGGGGUAUCUCAGCCUGCAAGUGUGCUCAUACCUCUACAUUUGACAGAUGUUGAACACCUUUCUGUUUCGAGGGCAGUUUACACAGACAGAGGUUUCCCUUUAUACUGGCAGGGCGACGCCAACGCCACCUGUGGUUAUGUGGUAGAAUGGUUUGAUGCAUUCUGUUCAAAGAACUGCCUCGUGGAGUGGAUCAAGGUGUCUGCUGGACUAAAUAAUGUCUUCAUCGAGUCAGCCUCCUUCAAGCCAGGUGUUAGAUACAACUUCUCCCUGUACAGCUGCUCCUCGGAGGCCCCAGAGCUGCUGCAGCGCUGGCAGGGAUACAUGCAGGAGCUGGUCCCGUCCAGUUCUGUCUCUCUGUUAACCAGCCAGCAGGACUUCAAUGUUGUCCUAACCUGGGGAGAGAUCCCGCUGGUGGACAUUCGAGGCUUCCUCCUGGGUUACAACGUUUACAUGAGUAAUGGCCCCCAGCUCACACUUCUAGCAAACUUGUCAGACGUAGGAAGCAGGAGUUACACAAUUAAAGGUCUCUCUAAGGGGGACUAUAAGUUCACUGUCAAGUCGUACACCUCGGCAGGCGAGGACACAGGCGCCACUUCUUCCAUAACGCUGGAGCCAUACACUGAUUGGCUGAUCCUGGAAAUCUUGGCUUCUCUGGGAGUCACAGCUUUAUUCCUCGUCAUUGUCACCUACAUUUGCUACAAGAAAAGGAAAUGGGUGAAAACGGCGUUUUACCCAGACAUACCUGAGCCCAAGCUGCCUGGUGAUUGGUCCAGGUCUCAGGGGCCGUUGGAUGUGAAGUCAUCUCCUCACAGCAUGGUCCAUAUUGUAGAAAGGCCUGAGUGGGAUUCCAGUAAAGAAGCUCUUGUGGUCAUUCCUGAAGAAGACGAGGAUGAAGAAGGCCAGGGGAUAGGAGAGGAGCCAGUUGAUACAGACGAGCCAACGUCACUACGCUACUACAACCAAGUGGUGGAUGAGCGGCCAAUCAGACCACGUUUCCCAGACUCCUCUGAUUCCUCCGCAUCCUCUUUGGAUUCAGCACGCACCGAUGUGACAUACACAGGGAUCCAGACAUCAGGGUCUUCUUUGGUCUUCCAGCUGGAUCCACAGGGCUCCUCUGACACCCACCGCCCACUGGCUGAUCUGCCUGUAAGCUGUGGCGGUGGAGGAGGGGGUUACCGGCCCCAGAUGCAAUCUAGAGCCCACAAUGAUGGCUUUGACUUAGCUUCACCCGAGCCGUUCCAAGAGCCUCAGGGCGCCAGCUCUGGGGGCUACAAACCCCAGUGCUCCUGGCACUUGGACUCACCAGAGGAUUCCGGGGAAAGCGCCGGCUUGGCGCCGUCUCUGGGAUCUCCCACUUCUGUUGCUUCCACUCAGUUCCUCCUCCCUGAUGGAGAGAAACACACAGAAGAAAAGAAACACCUCUCAUCAUCACCUGCAACCUGGUUCACCAACCUGUUGUCAUCUACAAAACCAUGAUAUCAUCUCUCCUUCACUAUUAGCAGCCAGGCCAGGGAGGGGGGG